AUGGUUUUAUCAAUGAUGACAUUAACAAUGAUGAAUGGUUUAGGAUUAAUUGAAUGUUUACUUCAAGGAACAUUUAUCGAAACUCAAAAAGUGAAAAUUCUUCCAAGAAGACAAGUUUGGAAUCAGAUGGGAUUAAUAUCUGGAUUUAUUAUUGAAGCUUCUCAAUUUAUGGUUCUAAUCGGUAUUUUUAUUGAGUCAAAUCAUUCCAUUUUCCAAGAAAUAGUAAUGAUUUUCAGAGCGGUUAAUUGGUGUUCGAUUCACAAAUUUUCGUUCAUCUCCAUUAUUUUUUCCAUUUUUCACAUUUUCAACAAUUUUCCUUUAUAGUUGUUCUAUAAUUUAUGUUCAAUUAUUAUAUGGAAAUGAUAAUCAAAGAAAUAUUGCAUUGAUUAUGACAAAUUCAAUGGUAUCAAUUAGUCUUUUUGUGAGUUUUCUUUUUCAAGUUUAAAAAUCAAAAUGAAAGAAUUAUUUUUAGUUGAGUAUAUUUCUUUUUGGAUAUUCGAAAUAGUCUUUAUUCGAGAACAAGAGGAACGAUUGGAUUGAAAUAUAGAUUUAGGGUAGGAAAAUUUUAUUUAAAAUUAAAGAAAAAAUUCCAUUUUCAGAUAUCCGAAACUUAUGAAAUUUGUCGUGGAUUAGUUCCAGCUUCAAUUUAUCGACUCAUGAAUCGUUUAUUUAUUCUAACUUUUCUUUGGAUGAAUUUCAUUGGUUAUAAUCUCAAACUUGAUGAUAUUUUGAAUUUCUUUUUCUUCAUAAAUAUAGCGAGAAGUUCAGAAUCUCUGAUAUUUCCAGCACUUUUCAUUUUACUUCAUCGAAAACUUCAUCGAAGGGUUUGUUGUUUGAUUGUUUUCUUGAUUCCAAUUCCCAUUUUUUACAGUUCAAUAGAAUAUUCUGUCAUUAUAAGAAGAAGAAAGAGACAUUUUUCAAUUUUCGAGGAUUGAAUGGUAAAAGAUUGACAAUCAAUCGAUCGCAAAAUGAACAUUUUGAAAGACUCAGCGAGCAAUGGAGAAUUUUAUAUUGA